AAUUCAUUGUUGACUAUGUAUUCCAACAUUUCUCUCUCUUUAUUAUCCUUUUCUUUCAACCUCAUCAUCUAUCAUUCAUAACCCAUAACAUACAUACAUACAUCACCCCCUUCUAUAAAAUAGACACAUUCUCUUCACUAAUCCCAUACUUUCUUCCUUCUUUUCUUUGCCACCCAAGAAACGCGAAAAUAAUAUUUAAUAAAAGUUAGUUACAUUAGUAUCGUAACAUCAUUAAUAUUAGCAUGGCGCCUAAGGUUAAGAGCGGUGACGGCAACGUGAACAGUAACGACGUUAAGGAGCCGCAUUUUCGCGGAGUGAGGAAGAGGCCAUGGGGAAGAUACGCUGCCGAGAUCAGAGAUCCAGGAAAGAAGAGCCGUGUUUGGCUCGGAACCUUCGACACGGCGGAAGAGGCGGCCAGGGCAUACGAUGCCGCCGCACGUGAAUUCCGUGGUCCAAAGGCAAAAACAAACUUCCCUUUCCAUACCGAAAAUCUUAAGAUCCAUAGCCCUAGCCAAAGCAGCACCGUUGAAUCCUCAAGCCGUGACCGUGACGCCGCCGCUGAUUCUUCUCCUCUUGACCUCAAUUUGGCUCCGUCAAUCAAAGGUCUGGUUCGAUUUCCGUUUCAGCAUCGGUUCACUCCGAUGCCGGCAGUAAGCCAGCCGUUUUACUUUGACUCUAAUCUACGCGCCGGUAAGGGUUACGGAUUCGAAUACUUUCCCUCCGUGAAGGCGAGUGGAUUCCACGCGACGACGGGUGCACAUAGUGAUUCAGAUUCUUCAUCGGUGAUUGAUCUGAACCACCAUGAAGACGGUGUAAAAGCCCGUAGAGAUUUCGAUUUUGAUCUUAACUUCCCUCCUCCGGAAGAUAUGCUAUGAUUCACAAUCUCAAACUUUGGUUUUUUAUUUUUGUUUUUAAUUUUGCGGAUUACGAAUUUCUCUUUAGUUUUUAAUAGUAGAGAAACGCAGCAACGUACGAUAAAGAAGAACUAAACAUGUGUGAAUACACAGGCGAUUGUGUCUAUUUUUUGCGACAGAGAAACCAUAGGUUUCAAUCUGUUGUUCCGAAACUUCACCAGUUUGUUUCUUUUUAGCUUAAUUGUAAUGUUUUUGGGUUUGCAGCCAAAUAUAAUUGAAAUUAACACAUAUAAUUUGCUAUAA